AGGGCUUAGAGGCGGCCAAAGUCAGCCGGCAUCUUCACUCGCUCGCGCCGCGCGGGUGGGCGCGUCCGAAUGGUGCGGUUGAUCCUGGGGAACACGGCGGAGCCUGAGGGCAAGAGAUACAAAUGGACCUUCUACGUACGCGGGGAGACCCAAGACCUGGAGUCGGUGACAAUCAAACUACACUCCAGCUUCAAGAACCCCGUCCUGGUGCGUGAGGAGGAGCCUUUCGAAUUCACAGCAAGAGGUUGGGGCACCUUCGACAUCGCAGUGCUGCUGAAGUGGCGGAACGGGCACCUGCACCGCGCCAUCUGGGAGCUGCAGUUCGAUAGCCCCGAUGCCUCCAAGGAGAUCCAGUGCUCGCCCCCGCCUCCGCCUGUUCCCCCAGCGCCCGCGCCUCCUGUCGCGGCGGCUGCGGUUCGUGCAGCAGCGGAGACGGCGCCGGUGCCGCCCUGGGAGGAGAACGCGGACAUCUUGGAGGCCCGCGGCAGCAUCGCGGGCCUCGACUCCGCGGACGAGGAGGUGGUGGCAGCGCCGCCCGCGCCGGAGACCGAGGCGCCGGGCCCGCCGCCGGAGCUGCUGAGGGACACCAGCGAGGGCACCUCGGACGCGGACCCCACGCGCGCCGGGGUCUGCGAGCGCCUGCGGAACCAGCCCUACAUGUCGCCCUCGGACCCCCUCUUUAAGUACGGACGGGGCUAUACCGGGCCGCUGAAGCCUGCAAAGGUGCUUUGGAAGAGCGACCAGCCGCCACGCAAGGACCAUUCUUGCCCCAAGUGGCUGACCGCCACCGAGUUUGAAGAUGUGCCCGAGGUCAUGGCCGCGAAGGUGGCGGAGCUCGCGAGGCUCAUGAAGAUGUCCCGCAAGACGGUGGCCUACACCGGCGCAGGCAUCUCCGCGGCGGUCAUCGGGCAGGCGGCGCUGUCCGGGCAACACACGGUGGGAUGGAAGAACAACACGCGGGCGGCUCCGCCCACCUUCACCCACCACGCCUUGGGCUUCCUGGGCCGGCAGGGGCUGCUGCAUGGCUGGGUUCAACAGAACCACGACGGGCUGCCGCAGAAGGCCGGCUUCCCGCAGGAGCGCAUCAACGAGAUCCACGGGAGUUGGUAUGAUCCGGGCAACCCAGUGGUCAAGUACAGCGGGAGCCUCCACAACCGCUCCUACCCCUGGAUGCGCGAGGAUGCUGAGACGGCGGACCUGUGCAUCGUGUUGGGGACCAGCCUGGGUGGUUUGAACGCCGACCAGGUGGCCACCAAGACCGCGGACCGGUCCCUUCAGCCGCCGGCGGCUUCUGGCCUGGCGCCGGGGGCGCGGAUCGUGCUGAAGCGGGGGGGCAAGAGCUUCAGGGGCCAGGUGACCUCAGUGCAGGAGAAGACGCUCAAGGCGCGCUUUGCAGCGCCGGAUGAGGACUCGGACGAGGAAGACGACCGGCUGGGGGACGAGGUCACUCUCUCCAAGGAUGAAAAGAUUGAGUUGUUGCCGUCCACCGGCGGCCUGGGCACAGUGAUCAUGAACCUGCAGCAGACUGCACAGGACGGGCGGAUGACGCUGCGGCUGUUUGGGAAGAGCGACGACAUCUUGCAGCUUCUGCUCCCGGAGCUGGGCUAUGGGCUGGGCAUCGUGCAGCCCAUCCGCUGGCCCACGGUGAGCCGGGCCUUGGUGCCCUACGACAAGGACGGGGUCCGCUGCAAGCGGCGCAUGUGGCUGGACCUUCGGAGGGACCAGGCGGUUCGCAUCACGCCGGGGCACAACAUCCAGGGGGCCAAGCAGCCGCAGUACAUGCACAUCGGCGCCAAGAAGGCGAUCACGGUCGGUGGGGAGGUGCGGAAGCCGGGCGUGGGCCUGGGGACGGUGGUGAGCCGCUGCGACAAGACCUGCAGCUUCGUGGUGCAGAUCGAGGGCGUCCAGAUGCGGCUGGGCAUCUGGUGGCUGGAGAGCGCCAUGCGUGGCGGCCUCGUUUCGUCCAAAAGGCUGCUCUCAGGUGUCGACGUGCUGCCGAUCGUGAACCAAGAUCCAGUCUUCGAGGAUUAGCCCCAGGCGAAAAAAUAGCCUUUGAGGCCAGUGGUCAGAGGUAGGGUUGGGCCAGCUUGCAACACAUUUCAGAACGAAGAUGGUCCGGAGCUUGGCUAACUGGUUA